CAUUCUGACCCUACACUCCGCGAACCUGUACCCAUCGUUGUUGACCAUGUCCAAUGCAAACGCAGAAACCCGUGCCAGUUCUCGCAAAAGACCUGCGUAUCCUCGGAAACGAGCUGCCCAGGCCUGUUUGACAUGUCGUCAGCGACGGACUAAAUGUGACAACGAGAAGCCAGCCUGCAAUUCUUGCAAGAAGCUGGGGAUAGAGUGCGUCUACCAUGAAUUCGAAAAGGCUAGUUUCGAUGCAGCCAGUCUUGCCAUACUACGGAGGCUGGACGAGUUGGAAAGUGUAGUAAAAGGUAGCCGCCCGCUACCUGCUGCUCCUCAGCCGAGCUUCGACUUUGCUUCGUCGCUUGCUUCGUCGCCUUUCCCACCGACCGAUAUCGACUGGAUCAACUCAUUUGAGGUUCGUUACGUCAACCGCGAUGUGAUACUUAAUUGGCCAGUCUGGAAAACCGUCGACGUAAACAGUCCAUCCAACGAAUCGCCCGCGGCCAUCUCCCCAGGGAUCGACGUGGUGUCCCGCCCUCUCCUCGUAUCAGACGUGGAUGUUCAGGACGCCUCCAGACUACUCGGCAUUUUCUUGUCCAUCUACCACAUAUUCAACCCAGUCUUGGAUAUCGCGACGAUUGAAGAACACGUCAAGAGUACCUCUCUCAACGGGUUCGGUUGGGAUGCUGGGUCAUGUUUGGUCCUCCUCGUCUUGGCGCUAGGCACGACCGUAGAGCAUGACAACGGCGUGGCACAGACCUCUCUGUCCGUUCGACAAAACGAACAUUUCGGCCGAGCUGAGGCGUUCUUUGUUGCGGCGCAAAGGCGAAUGGGUUUGCUGCUGUCCAGUAGUGGCAUCGCAGAAGCUCAGUGCUUCUUCCUAGCUGGCGUGUAUCUGAUGACUACGAUGCGACCGGUCGAUGCCUGGAAGAUGUUCACGCGGGCUUUGUCGAGCUGCCAUACGUUCCAACUACCUUGUCGCGACGCCAGCCCUGGAGCUACUCGCUUGCAACAGACCAUCCAUUGGGCAUGCUUCAAGUCCGAACUUGAGGUGCGGUUGGAGUUAGGAAUCAUCAAGACGAGUGCAUGGGAUCUACGCUAUCCAGAUCUCUUCCCCGAUCCUCCCGAGUCCAUACAGUCCCAAGGAGAGCCUGCUUGGUAUUUCUACCUAGCCGAAAUAGCACUUAGACGAUUAAACAACCGCAUACUAUCGGCGACAUGCUUGGAUGACCGGAAUACUGGCAACGUUGCGGAUAAAGUGGCAACAACCCUGGAAUUCGAACGACAAGCUCACAGUUGGGCCAGGUCCCUUCCACCGAGCCUACGACCGGCGAUAGACGAUGCCAGCGACGUUGCUUUCGACUUUAACGAGAACGGACAGUUAAGAUUCAUCCUCAGUGGCCAUUUGAUAGACUGCUUGGAGCUGAUGUACUGGCCUUUCAUAUACGCCGCUGUGCAUGGGCAGCUUGGAGAUGACAGAGACUCCCAUAUGCUGGCCUCGCGAGGUCUUGACUUCUGUGUGCGGAGAAUCAAGAUCAAUAAGUCGGGGUUCUUCCAUCGGCAUCAUGGUACAUGGUUGAUGCUGCAGUCUUGCACACGAAGCGCGCUUGUGUUGAUUGCUGCAGCGUACGGAGGCCUACAUGACAAGCUUCCACACGACUGGAAAGAUAGUGUUGAGGAUGUGGCGAACCUUCUGAAGUACUGGGCUGAUGAAGUGCCUGAAUUCAAGAAGAUGAUCGAGAUUCUCGCUGCUUAGUAGUCCUAAAUAGCAAACCGCUAUACUGUAAUCUUUCGACCAAGCAUAGGUCAGGUAUUAUCUGGCGCGGCGGUCACCAGGACUUACCAUGACCUACCUAACUUAUCUCCUAUCUAUACACCUCUGUGAUCUAUUAAUGCAGACUUCCAGCCCUUUGUCUAGCAACUCCUUGCUUGCUCUCGCUAGCUCUCCUCUCGAGUCCCCGACUUUCCUCCCGAGGGCCUCCAGGUAGUCCAGGCUCGCCCCCCAAACUUGCCAGUACCAUCUUGUUCGUCGCCGUGAAGUCAUCCAGUAUUUCAAGUUCUUUCUGAGAAAACCAUAUGGGUACCAAC